GCUUUGAUUUGCGUUAUCUGCAUGCUUUCUUGUAAUAAUCAAUGCCCUAUGAGCGUUCACAAUGAGGCACGCGUAAAUGCUGACCUUGUGGCUGUAAACGCGCAAUAGACGCGGAUAGGCCUCAGCGCAGGUUUGUCUCCUACCACCACCAUCUCCUCUUGUUGUGCUCCCAUUGCAUUGUUUCUUCAUCCACAAUGGCGAGCACAUCCACGAAUCAGUAUCCGAUGCCCGCAGCCAAUGCCGACCUCGCCACAACUUGGGCGUAUCUCGAGGAGGGUGUCGACCAUAUCAUGACCAAGUUACAGACAGGCGUAUCAUACUCGAAAUACAUGAGUCUGUACACUGUGGCCUACAACUAUUGCACGUCAUCCAAAAUGCACGGCACAGGAGAGGCAGUUGGGCUUGGUCAACGAACUGGUGCAAAUCUGAUGGGAUCGGACUUGUACAACAACCUAAUUCGUUACUUUGUGAACCAUUUGAAGACGCUUCGCGAUGCAUCUGACUCGCUGCAGGAGGAGGCGCUUCUACGUUAUUACGCCCAGGAAUGGGACCGCUAUACCACAGGUGCUAACUAUAUCAACAGACUGUUCACCUAUCUCAACCGACAUUGGGUGAAGCGUGAAAGGGACGAGGGCCGCAAAGGCAUCUACCCCGUUUAUACUCUCGCACUGGUACAAUGGAAGACGCAAUUCUUCAUGCACAUUCAAAGCAAACACCAGAAGCUCGCUAAUGCCAUUCUACGGCUUAUUGAGCGACAACGAAACGGAGAGACCAUUGACCAAGGGUUGGUGAAAAAGGUCGUCGACUCCUUUGUGUCGCUUGGGUUGGAUGAGGGCGAUAUCAUGAAGGUCUCUCAUGAAGUCUACAAAGAGCACUUUGAGACACCCUUCCUUGAUGCCACUGAGAAGUACUAUCGCCAAGAGUCGGAAGUAUUCCUGGCUGAGAACAGUGUUCCUGAUUACCUCAAGAAGGCGGACGAGCGGUUGCGUGAGGAAGAGGACCGCGUGGAGCGAUACCUCAAUACCAUCACUCGCAAGAGCUUGAUCUCCAAGUGCGAGCAUGUCCUCAUUCGUGAGCACUCGGAGCGCAUGUGGGAGAGCUUCCAGAAUCUGCUCGACUAUGACAAGGACGAAGACUUGCAAAGAAUGUAUGCACUCCUUGCACGUAUACCCGAGGGUCUUGAACCACUUCGCAAGAAGUUCGAAGAACACGUGAAGAGAGCAGGUCUGAGUGCAGUCUCGAAAUUGGUCAGUGAAGGUGCGGAUGCAGCAGAGGUCGAUCCCAAAGCCUACGUCGAUGCCCUACUGGAGGUCCACCAGAAGAACUCUGAGACCGUCAACCGGAGCUUCAAGGGUGAGGCUGGUUUUGUUGCGGCACUGGAUAAGGCUUGCAGAGAGUUUGUUAACCGCAACGCUGCCACUGGUACUUCGACUACCAAGUCUCCUGAGCUGCUUGCCAAGCAUGCCGACGCGUUACUCAGGAAGAGCAACAAGAUGGCGGAGGAAGAUGACCUGGAGACCGCGCUGAACAAAGUGAUGAUUCUCUUCAAGUACAUCGAGGACAAGGAUGUUUUCCAGACCUUCUACACCACCAAACUGUCCAAACGACUCAUCCACGGCGUCUCCGCGUCUGAUGAAGCCGAAGCCAGCAUGAUCUCGAAGUUGAAGGAGGCAUGCGGUUUCGAGUACACUAACAAGCUCCAGCGCAUGUUCACAGAUAUGAGCCUCAGUAAAGAUCUGACUGACCAAUUCAAGGAGCGUAUGAGCCAGAACCACGACGAUAUGGACAUUAAUUUCAGUAUCAUGGUCCUUGGAACGAAUUUCUGGCCGCUCACCCCACCAUCAUUUGAUUUUAUCAUCCCCGUCGACAUCCUGCCGGUCUACGAUCGCUUUACCAAGUACUACCAACAAAAGCAUUCUGGACGGAAACUCACCUGGCUUUGGAACUACUCGAAGAAUGAACUCAGGACGAACUAUCUCAAUCAAAAGUACAUCCUCAUGACGAGUUCGUGGCAGAUGGCUAUUCUUGUGCAGUACAACAACAAUGACACGCUGUCACUGGACGAACUCGUUGCUGCGACGGGAGUCACCAAGGAUACCCUCAAGCAGGUCUUGGCCAUACUUGUGAAAGCUAAGAUUCUCAUCAAUGAGGAGACGGAUCAGUACGAUUUGAACCCUAGUGCGUUAUUCUUGCGUAUCUUCAGUAUCUUUCUAAUCAACCUUCCUCCAGACUUCAAAUCGAAGAAGAUUCGUAUUAACCUUAACAUGCCGAUCAAGGCGGAGCAGAAGGCCGAGUCCACCGAUGUGCUGAAGACUGUCGACGAGGAUCGCAAAUAUGUGAUUCAAGCGACCAUCGUUCGUAUCAUGAAGGCGCGAAAGACGAUGAAGAACCAACAACUCAUUCAGGAAGUCAUUGCGCAGAUCUCGCAACGGUUUGCCCCCAAGAUCCCGGACAUCAAGAAGGUGAUAUUUUUAGAAUAUGUUAUGUGUGAAAUAACGGACUCACCUUUUUGGAUUGCAGGCGAUCGAUGAUCUUCUGGAAAAGGAGUAUAUUGAGCGAGUGGAGGGCACGAGGGAUACCUUUGCUUAUGUUGCAUGAGUCUCAUUGCUUUGUGUGCUUUCUGUCAUUCUGUGUACUUUCUUCUGCGGCGUCAAAUUAUAGAGCGCAUGGUGUAGCAUAGUACAUUCUCUCUGAUUUCCCCCUCAUCUUUUAUUCAUUCUGUCACUAUGUCACGAAUAUCUUUCCUGUUGCAAUG